GCAGCGAGUGUCCGUCCACAUAGCCCACGAGGCUGCAAGCAUGGAAAGCAUGGACAUACUGACCCACUCAAAACAAACCCCACUUCCUCCAACACGAGACAUAGAGAAUCCUCCCCAGCGACCAAAUGAAGGUAAAAUCAUCUCCGGAGAAGCUGUCUCCGCUGAAAAUCCCGUCGUCACUUGUCGAAGAGGACUAUGGAAGAGCAGAAUCCGAUGACAGUAGGGGAUUGCAGAUUGUGGAUCCCACCUCGUUCCCCAUUUCCAAAUCCUUCGAUUUGCCAGAUGGGUGGGUCGUCGAGGAACGGCCCCGCGCGAACUGUCCGUCCAACCCUGGUCGAGUGGACAAGUUUUACCGCGAGCUUGAAUCUGGAAGGAGGCUUCGUUCCCUCCCAGCGGUUCAGAGGUACCUAAGUGGUGGAGAGCCCGAAAAUACAGUUAGACAUAAGCCAGUGAAUCGCACAUUCUGCUCUCAUGAUUAUGAAAAUUCUGUGAGUUGAAAUGUUAAGAAAAACCAUAAAAUAUUUGUGUUUGGUGAAUGAAUGUGUUUUCAUGAGGUUAAUUGUUAGUGGUUUCUUGCUUAUAUUUUGGACUGCAACACCGGUUCAUUGGAAGGAAAAUUCUCAUCCACUAUUCUCAUAAUGCCGUAGAUGCAAAUUGUACCACCACGAUACACAAGUAGUGGAGAAUCAUUCAAUCUACCAGAUGGAUGGGUCGUUGAGCAUGUACCCCGUAGCAAUGGUAAAUAUGCUGGUAUUGUUGACAAGGUACUUUUGCUUACCUUCUUUUGAUUUUGGGUUUCUGUUUUUCUUCUACAUCUUUGUAUCAUUAUAUGCACAUGGUUUAUGCAUCUAAGAAUGUGUGCCUUUAUGUAGCAUGCAUGUGGGUAAACUCUUGACAGGGAUUCAUUCUGUUUUCACCUUGGCUUUUCAAAGAAUGCAAGUAUCAUUUAUUCAUUCUAGCGAAUGAAACAUAUGUUGGUGGUAGAUACGACUAUGAAUCACCAAUUCUAGUUUUUUCUCAGGAAAAUGGAUAAAGAGGGGUUUUGGCUUAUUGUUCUUGACUUGACAAGGAGAUCUGAAGUUACUUUGCUUCCUCAAAAUGUAAAUGUUCGUCUGAUUAGAAAUAUGCUUUGUUAAUAGGUUCUUUACCUCUUUGUGGAGCAUGUUUAUGGAUUUAGUUCUGGUGGAGUGCUGAUCCUUUCAUUUGAAAACUUUUUAUUUGAUUGUGGAAUGUUGAGAUAUUAGAUUCUGAUUUACUGGCAAAUAAGUGAAGAAAUACACACAAUUAUCAAUCAAGUGAAGAACUGGACAGAACUGAUGCCAAAGGUUUAUAAUUUAGUUCUCUUGUUGUAUUGACUUUUGCUACUGAGAAAGUUGAUUAUUCUGCAGUUCUACAUUGAGCCAGUGACAGGUUAUCGAUUUCGCUCUCUGAGAUCUGUUGAGAGAUACCUUGUAGAAGUUGGAGCAAGUACUCCAUCCAAGGUACUAAAAC